AUGAGGCCUUUGGCGUCGCAGCGCGGGAAGAAAAGCUGGAUAUACCUUUAUGGCUACCGCGUCGCGUCGCGGAUUAAUCCUAGACGCCACUACUUUAUAUGCCGCUUUUGCUAUAAGCAAAAGUUUAUUGACGCUGGUAUCUGUUGUAUAUAUGAAACAAUAAGAUCAACGUCAGCAGCCCAGCGACAUCUUGAGGAGGAUAAGCCUGGCCAUGGCUAUAAGACACCCGAGAAAGUUGAUGCUGAAGUA